AGCCCCGGGAUGGAUUUGGACAGCGCUGACCUCAGUUUCCGCGAGGAGCUGCAGUGCCCAAUCUGCUUGGAGCUCUUCGUGGAUCCCGUCGUUCUGGGCUGCGGCCACAAUUUCUGCCGGUCCUGCGUCGAGGGGUACUGGCGCCAUCAGAUUCCCGACCCCUGCUGCCCCGCAUGCCGCGAGCCGGCCGGCGCGUCCACCCUGCGGCCCAACGGGGCGGUGAGGCAGCUGAGCGAGGCGUCCCGGACUCUGGCGGACCUCUACUGUGAGCAGCACGGCCUCCGGCUCAAACUCUUCUGUGACACCGACCUGCGGCUCAUCUGCCUCGGCUGCCGAGACGGACCGGGGCACCGGGAACACCAGGCCAGCCCGGUCGGCGAGGCCGCCAGGUUCUACAGGGGUGAGCUGCAGCUGGAGAUCUCUACAGUAGAAGAUCGAUCAUGCGCCUUCAGGUACCUCCUGUGUAAUGAGCAAGACAAAGUUUCUGCCUUGCAGAGAAGCUCUGAGCAACUGUUGCUCCACAUCAGGGAGCAGUUUGCACAGAUGCACUCCUUUCUGCAGGAAAGGGAGGAGAGCUUGUGUCGGGAGCUGGUGGUGCACAAGAACCACAUCCUGCAGCAGAUCCAGGGUAACCUACAGAAGAUCCAGAAAGGGCUGGAUUCCCUGGAUAGCCGGCAUGAAGAGUUAAGGACACAUCAGGCUCAGGAGAGCGACAUUGAGUUCCUGAAGACAGUGAAAAGCCUAAGGCUGGAUAACAUCCAGAUGCCCAGUGAGGUGCCUGCCACGCUGCCCUUGGGAGAGUUCAAGGGACCCCUGCAGUACAAGGUGUGGCGAGAGAUGAAAGACUUCAUUGGCCCAGUCCCCGCCUCUCUCACACUGGACCCGAACUCUGCACACCAUAAGCUCCUGGUCUCAGAGGACCUGACCCAGGUGCGCCUGACUGACAGCAGGCAGCAGCACCUUCCCUCCGCUGACCGCUUCGACCCCUGCGUCAACAUCCUGGCCGCUCAGGGCUUCAGCUCUGGAAGGCACUACUGGGAGGUGGAGGUGGGCACCAAGACGGCCUGGGACCUGGGUCUGGCCCGCGAGUCUGUCCAGAGGAAGGGCUGCCUCACCCUGUCACCAGUGGAUGGCUACUGGACCAUUUGGCUACGGAAUGGCAAGGAGUACAAGGCUCUCGACUGGUCCACAAUCCCUCUGCAUCUCUCCGUCAAGCCCAGGAGGGUGGGAAUCUACCUGGACUAUGAGGAAGGCCAGGUGUCCUUCUAUAAUGCUGAUGACAUGUCCCACCUCUACACUUUCAUGGACACCUUUACCGAGAGGCUCUUCCCCUAUUUCAGCCCAUACUUGAACUGCGGGGACAAUUCUGAGGGCCUGACUCUGUGCAGACUGAAGCUGUAGCGCACACAUGUCCCAGUCCUCCCCUGCCUCACUGCGGGCUUGCCACUUCCCAGCACCCCCACUGCAAGCUGGCAUGGUUUUGAUGAGCCAAGUGUGUCAAGAAUUAGACACCGUCAAUUUCCAUUAAAUGCACACAACCCCUGGCACUGGUUGACCUCUGUUACUGCAAGCACAACAUUAAAAAUCCUUGUAAAGCUAUUAGCUGCAGAUGCGUCAAAUCCAUGGGAGGGGGGUGGAGGAAAGCGAGUUGGGUUAAGUGUUGGAAACACUCAUCAGGGUGGAUGGCAUCUGGGAAGAGAAAUAGUUAAUGUUCCAGGAAGCUGCAGAUCCUGAAAGCUGAAGCAAAAGAUAAACUGGAGAAACUCAGUGGGUCAGGCAGCAUCUGUGGAGGGAAAGGGGAUGGUGUCGGUCUGGAGUUGAGUCCCUGCAUCAGGCAGGAUCCCUCUCCCUAAACGUCACUGGUGUAAAUGAACAGUGUUAACCUGAAAAGUUGAUAUUCAAUUUCCCUCCACGGAUCCUGUCUGAGUUGCCGAGUUCCUCCAGCACCUUGUGAUCAGAUUCCAGCGAUUGUAGAACCUCUUCUCUCCACAGGGAGAGUUAGAUUUGCACUCUCACCCUGGCUCUGGUCAUCAGCUUGCAUUUGUAUAGCACCCUGCAGAGCCUUGGGCUAACUGAACUUGCUUUUCUGGGGUUGAACAGCUGUUGUACCCAGGUACCCAGUAACCAAUAUACCACCUGCAUCAAACUCCUGCUCCACCUGUUAUGGUGACGGCAGGUGGAGCUGCUGGCUCACAACUGGAUUUGAACCUGAGCUUGUCUGCUGUCCGUGUGGAGUUUGCAUGCCUUCCCUGUGACCCCAGGAGCUUUGGUUUCCCUCCAUGUCCCAAAGAUGUGUGAGUCAGUGGGAUGAUUGGCUGCUACAAGUGGGCGAGGGGUAGAGGAUGGGAAUGUGGAGAGAAUAAGAUGGGAUCAGUGAAAGAGGCUGCUUCAUCGCUGGCAUGGACUCAAUGGGCUGAAGGGUCUGUUUCCAUGCUGUGGGACCAGCAGGGCUAUUGAACUUGACGCAGCAUCCCCUGCCCUCACUUUUAUUUAUCAGCUCCCACAAUCAAGGGAAUAGCAAGGAAGGGGGGGACCUUGCCAUGCAAGUCUGAGGAUCCUGGAACAUGGCAGCUCGUGGUGAAAAUGGUGCAUGGGAUUAUCCAGAACAGUGAGUAUGAGGUUGUUGGACAAUUCUAUAAAGCACAGGUUAAGCCUCUGCUGGAGUACUGUCCCCACGAAAUGUAAUGAUGUGAUUGUACUGUGGAGGGUGCAAAGCUGGUUCACUGGGAAGUGACCUGGGAUGCAGCUUUGCUCAGGGGAGAGGCUUUGGUGUGGAUGAGCAACACAGACACAGUACAAAUCUGGGGGCAUUGAAAGGUUGGUUUGUGAGAAAUAUUCCCUGCAAGAGCUCCAGAACCAGGAGGCCUAGGCUUCGGGUGAGGGGAUCUGCAGAUGAACUUCACCACCUCCCUGCUCCCGGAUAGUUGGGGUCUGUAUUGCAUUGUCUGAGGAGGAGGUGGAAAUGGACUCAACAUUUAAGAAAUAUCUAGGUGAGCACAUGAGCCACCGAGGCAGUGAGGACUACCCAAUGGGAUGAGCCUAGAUGAGUAGCUGAUGGUCAACAUCCAUCCUGUGGGCCGCUUACUGAGGAUGUGACCGACCAUGCUAAGGCAGCAGGACUGGAGAAGGUUGUUCUUGAACUGCUGACAUGGCAGUCAGGGAGAGGGAGAUUCCAUACUUGUUUAUUUUUAACCUAUUUUCUCGUCGACCCUCCUCCCUUUGGCUUACUUAAAACACACCAAUGGGUAGUUCACAGAGCCCAAAUAAUUUACUUGUCUGCAGGUUUGGGAAUAUUGGAAGAAGCCGGAGAACUCGGGAAACCCAGAUGGUCACAGGGAGAAGAGCACACUUUGCACUCGCAUGGUAUCUGAGAUGGGCAUCGGACCGGGAUUGCUGGAGCUGGGAGUGUGUGGUUUGCCCGCUUCACUGCCCUGCACGUUGCUCACUGCUGAUCAGGAUUAGCUGGCAGACUUUGCCAGUGCUGAACAACAGCCUGAAGUCGAGGUUUGGGUUACUUGUAGGUAAAAUCCAGGUGAGUGGAGAUGGUGGACAGGCCAGGAGGUGAACAGAGACCCAGUCCUUUUAAGGGCAUCACAGCUUGAUGCUGCCCCUCCCCAGAUUCAUUCCUGAAGACUCCUGUCACCCGGCAACAUGGAAAGCACUGGGCUUCUCCGUUCUCAAGAUCUCACACUCCGUACACCUUGAUUCUAAACUGUACCCGUGUAUGAGGCCAGUGCUGGUGAUUGCCCACUUGCCAGGUGUUAAUGGUUGGGAGGGGGAGACUUGGUUUGAGUUGGCUGAGGAUGGAAGAGAGAGUUUGUAUUGGGGAAGGAGCUGCUGUCCAUUAGCUUGUUCUUCCAUGGAUUUGGGAAGAUUUUGUAGAAAUGGCAUUAGUAGCAUCUUGUGUGCCUUGAGCUGCAAGGUGGUCUUGGUCUCGAUGCAGUGGAGCCUGCUGUCCAUCUGAGCAGCUGGCCAUUCUCUUGGUUGUGUCUGAUACUGCCAAACUCAACCAGGGUCAAGGGUCAUCUUCAUCCACCAUACACAUGUACAUGUAUUAGGAAUUUGUUGUUUUUGUUGCAUGUCACACCAUGACCAACAAUAUUCCACAAUUAUAAAGAAUUAUAUAAAAAAAUAAAGUUGAAG